CUGCCGCUUACGAUGGACUUUGCACGCAAGAGGAGCGCGAAUGCACGCCGCCGGGGCUGUUGUUUUGGCUCCGGCAGAGCCGCGUGGUCCCAGCGGCGACGCAGCUCAGGUUUACCACACCAGCAGAACUGCGAGUGCCGCCCUUCUCAAUCCCGUAGCGGGGAGAAAACACUGAACGGCAAGAUGGCGGCGGCUUCGGCUCCACCACUCACCCUCCUCCAUGAUCGCGCUCUGGGCAGGAACGGGAUCUCCUCUGGAUCGAGCAGCCGGCGCGGCCGAUUCUCCGGAUCCAUGCGCAGGCAUACCCACAAAAUUAAAUUACUUGGGCCAGAGGCUACCCUUCUACCAUGGGUGAAAGAGGAAACGAAUUUCCACUUCGUCCACUAGAGGAGAAUCAAGUCCUUAUUUUACCUCAGAGCCAGGGACCAGCAGUUCAGCGUGCUUCUCAUACGCACAUAUGUGAAAGGGGUGAGGAGCUCAAUGGGUUACCAGCAGUCAAGACAAGUCCCAAGGACGCCUACAACCUGCUCUACUUGAUCCUGCUUGUGCAUGGCAUAGGCACGCUCAUGCCAUGGAACAUGUUCAUCAAUGCUAAGGCUUAUUUUCAGAGUUACAAGUUGGCACCAGGUGUGCUUGCAAAUGACUCGGCUGCUGCGAAUGAGCUCACACUAUACAGGAAUGACUUCAUGAAUUACAUAACGUUGGCUUCUCAGGUGCCAAAUGUGCUGUGCAAUUUUCUCAACCUUUUUCUUCAAUUUGGAGACCGUAGCCUCACGCCAAGAAUUGUCAUUAGUAUCCUCGUUGAAGCUGCAGUGUUUAUUGCAACUGUUGUGUUGGCCAUGGUGGACUCGUCUGCAUGGCAAAUUACAUUCUUCUACAUAACCAUGGCCCUUGUGAUUGUGCUGAACAUGGCCUGUGGCGUCUACCAGAACAGCAUUUAUGGUGUUGCUGCCCGACUUCCAGGCAAAUACUCGAAUGCUGUUGUCCUUGGUUCGAACAUCAGUGGUACGGCUACAGCUCUACUAAACAUUUUCACCAUAGCAGCAUCACCAAAUGCCCGAACAGCAGCGAUCUAUUACUUCCUGUCUGCUUUGUUGGUGCUGCUCCUGUGCCUUGACUCCUACUUUGCCCUGCCCCUGCUGCGCUGCUACAGGCAUCACCAGCGGCUGGCUGCCAUGGCUUCUGCUCCCAGCAACAGAUCACCUCGCUCUCGCAGGCCUCCCUAUUGGCUUGUAUUCAAACAGGUGUGGCCACAGUGCCUUAAUGUGUUCCUGAUAUUCUUUGUCACACUGGCUGCAUUUCCUGCAGUCUCGUCAGACAUCAAGCGCAUUGAUAAAGAAUUUCCUUUAGAUGACAAGUACUUCACAGCAACAGUCUGUUUUCUCGGCUUCAACCUUUUUGCCAUGCUUGGCAAUAUUCUUCCUAUCUGGGUUCGUUGGCCUGGCCCACGUUUUCUGUGGGUCGCCGUAGUUGCGCGGCUGGUGUUCCUGCCACUGUUCCUGCUCUGCAACUACCUACCUGAGGAACGCGUGCUGCCAGUCUGGGUAUCCAGUGAUUGGGGAUUCGUAGCAGCCAUGAUCGUCUUUGCCUGGUCAAGUGGAUACCUGAGCAGCUUGGCCAUGAUGUAUGCACCUCGGGCAGUGGCCAGUCCAGAGCAUGCGCCCAUUGCUGGCAUGAUGGCAGCGUUCUUCUUGGUCCUCGGACUUUUUGUAGGAGGAAAUGCGGCAUUUUUGGCACCUCGUAUUGCUAAAGGAAGCUGGUUCUAAAAUGCUUCACAUUAUCCUUGAGAGGAACCCAUGCUUUUGAGAUGGUGUGACCUUACAAACUAAAUUAACAGGUGAAAACUGAUGGCAUGUGCAACCUUUAUACGUUAGUGCACAUGAUUUUCUACAUUUAGACACUGCUUUUGUUAUAAAUUUCUUUGGUCAAGGUCCUUUUGGACAGCUUGACAAGUGCUCAGGUGCUGACAGGUUGAUCUUUACAAUGUUCUUUUUCUUUAAGUAUGGAACUGAAUACCAAGGACAGAGUUCAUGCUCACUUCUAGGAUACUUGGCCACUGCCCAUGUGUAGUGUUAUGAUAUUGGGACUAGAAAGUGAAAUUUCAGCUGCCAUUUUUUAUUGCGACAAAAGUCAUAAAUUUUUUUUGGAAAAAGCCUUUGGCAGCCAGCCUACAAGUGUUCAACUGUUAGCAGAUUGAUAAUUAUAGUUGCUGUUGACAACACUGACUAACAAGAAUGCAAUUUAUCAUUGUUACUGUAAAACAUGAGUGGUGUUUGACAUUUCGGUUAUCAUGGUUCAUACAGGAGAUUAACUGCAACAUUAGUUGCUGGUUCUCAUGAUAUUGUAGUACAGCUAGCCACAUGUCCAAAGUUUGUCAUAGCUACGGUUCUUUAACAAAAAGAGAAAUGCUGCAUGCAAUUAUGAUAUAUAUUUGUUGCAGGCAUUAUCACUUAAGCUAGAAGCAGAAACCAUGUGUGAAUCUCGUUAACCUAUUGCAGGUAUGAGCAUAGCCAGAAAAUGGUACUUUUUGUAAUGCGUCACUUAAUUUUUAUAGAUUGUGUGAGUGGGAAAUCCUGCACAGGUUUAUUUAAUAUAAAAGCUAUUUUCAUGGACCCGCAUUCGUAAAGUGUUUAGAGCAGUGCAGCAUUGUGUAGCUUGACCUCAUUUUAGUCUUCUAGCUCUUGAUAUAAUUGUUUGCUUGUAUCAGUAUUCACAGGUAACAGUGAACACACUGUUGCAUUGCCACAGUGCAUUUUGGUAAAUCUUUUGUGCACUUCAUGCAAACUCCACUAGACGAUUUGGAGUGCAUUUUCUUUGCAUUAUUGGCAAGAAAAUGUAGCUGUGUUAUUGAUUAGAUUUGAUACUUCA